UGAGAGAGAGCGAGGCGUCAUUUUCUCUUCGCUCGCUAUUUUCUCUCUGCGCGCAAGCGGGGCUAGUGGGGGCGGGACGCAUCCUGCGCUACUCUCCCUUCGGGCAGAGCUUGGCCAUGGCGUCGUCGUCGUCGCCUAAAGGCUGCUUUGCGGGCGAGUUGGCCGAGGUGGAGAUCGACUCCGACGGCUGUUUUAAGUACAUCUUGGUGCGGGUGCAGCGCGGAGGCAGUGGCCAAAGCCAAGGCGGCAGUCCAGGCCGUGUUGGCAGCCCAAGCCGCGGCGGCGGCAGCCCAAGCCGUGGCGGCGAGUGCAGAGACAUCGUGAGGGGAUCCGCCUCCGCCGAGUUGCACAAUCAGCUGUAUGAAAAGAUAUGUUGUGAACUUGAAAAGAUGGGCUGUAUGUGCAAGUGCCUUGGAGGAGGAAAAAUUGAUCACAAUAGCAAAGACAAAAAAAUCCAUGUAUCUGGUAAUUCAGCAUAUGGUAAAGCUGAUCAUUCCAUGACUGUGGCAAUACUGAAGAAAACCUUUAAGGAUUAUGACAUUAGUUGUUCAGAUGACUAGUGAACUGUUGCUUUGCAGUCUAAAAUUUAAAGUCAGUUUGUUCUUGGUUCUUUUCAACAUAAUUCUAAACUUCCACCAAAAUGUAUAAUUUAGCUUAAUGCUGAAUAAAAAGCUUG